GUACAUUUGUUUUUAACCAGUUAGCAACUUCUUCUUCCGGAAUCUUUAAACCAACAAAAAAAAGUUAUCAUUCGGGUUAAGAUGGAGAAACCGGGUCAUGAAACGGAUAUUGCGGGUUCAAGACGAACCCAUCUGAAGAAAUCAUUCAAAUCCACUCUUCGACAUCUUCUCACUGCUUGCUCCAAACAGGAUUUUGUUGAUAUUUUCUCGAAAUUCAGUGGGGCUGAGCAAGAACUGCUUUUUCAGUUGUAUACUCGGGUUGUUGUGAAUUUGCAUCAGACAAUAGAGGAAGAGUUUGAUGAACAAUGUCACGAAACUCAGGUCGGACCAAUUCUUGAUACAGUCGAGGAGCUGGUCGAAGAACAGAGUUUGGAUCCCUUGUUUUCUGAUAAGACUGAUGUAAUGGCAAUAGCAUAUGAUCUUACAACAUCUAAGAAGAACGAGAUACAAAAGUUAACAGUUUUGCUCCAAAGGGCUGAAGAACAGAAUCGCCAGAAGGAAGCCCGGAUCAGCAUGCUCAAAAAACAAACACAAGAUCUCUCAGGCACAGCGGACAGAAUCGAAAAGCUGAAUGCCGGGGUCUCCGGCUACUUUGAAGGAAAAGACAAGCUACCUCCAAUAUAGUUUCGAGAAAAUUGCAAUGAAGAAGCGUGUCAUUUCCAUUCCCUGCAUUUGUAUAUACUUUAUUAUAGAGUCUUAACAAUCUAGUCAGUAGUCACAAUAACUUGCUUCAUGUGUAAACCACUGAGAAUCUGAAUGAGUUUGUACUUUGGUAUUGGUUUGACGACAAUUCAUGCAAAAUAUUUUCCAAGGUUACAGAAGAUGUUCAUAUUUUACUAUAUUGUGACUUUUAUCACAACAAUAUAUAUGACUUGUGUUUAUGAUGUU